UAGAGAAGAGGUAUUGAGAUGGCGUCAACAUAUUCAUGGACUGCUCUCACCUCCUCUCAUUGCCUAAACCAACAAUCGCCUUUCUUCCCUUCUGGUUCUCUCUCAUGCAAAAUCUCAGUCCCUUCCCGCCGUCUUUCCAAGGCCAAAAGGUCGUUGAUAGUGACAGCAAUAUUGGACGCCAAGCCUACCAUCCUGGUCGCCGAGAAGCUCGGAGAAGCAGGUCUUGAGCUGCUCAAGAGCUUCGCCAACGUCGACUGCUCCUACAACCUCAGCCCCGAGGAGCUCUGCACCAAGAUCUCCCUCUGCGACGCCUUGAUCGUCCGGAGCGGCACCACCGUUAGCCGCGACGUGUUCGAGUCCUCCGGAGGCCGGCUGAAGGUGGUGGGACGCGCCGGCGUCGGGAUCGACAAUGUCGACUUGUCGGCCGCCACGGAACAUGGAUGCCUUGUCGUCAACGCCCCGACCGCCAAUACUAUUGCGGCCGCCGAGCAUGGGAUUGCUCUGCUCACUGCCAUGGCGCGUAACAUCGCUCAGGCUGAUGCUUCUGUUAAAUCUGGGAAGUGGCAGAGGAGCAAGUAUGUUGGGGUGUCCCUAGUGGGGAAAAUACUUGCUGUGAUGGGGUUUGGAAAGGUUGGAUCAGAAGUUGCUAGGAGAGCGAAAGGGCUCGGAAUGCACAUUGUUGCGCACGAUCCAUAUGCACCAGCAGAUCGUGCCCGCUCAAUAGGCGUGGAGCUAGUUAGCUUUGAUGAAGCCAUUUCAACUGCAGAUUUUAUUUCCCUGCAUAUGCCUCUCACCCCUGCUACUUCCAAGAUGUUCAAUGAUGAAGCAUUUAGUAGAAUGAAAAAGGGAGUUCGGAUUGUCAAUGUUGCCCGUGGGGGAGUCAUUGAUGAGGAAGCUCUACUUAGGGCCUUGGAUUCUGGGAUUGUUGCUCAGGCGGCACUUGAUGUGUUCACUGAGGAACCACCACCGAAAGACAACAAGUUGGUUCUGCAUGAAAACGUGACUGCAACUCCUCAUCUUGGUGCUAGCACAUCUGAGGCUCAGGAAGGAGUGGCACGUGAAGUGGCGGAAGCUGUACUUGGGGCCCUGAAAGGUGAACUUGCAGCCACUGCUGUGAAUGCACCAAUGGUCCCUGCAGAGGUUUUGUCGGAACUGGCACCAUAUGUUUCAUUAGCAGAAAAGUUGGGAAGGCUGGUGGUUCAACUGGUUGCAGGAGGAAGUGGCAUAAAAUCAAUAAGGAUAACUUAUGCAUCUUCUAGAAGUCCAGACGAUCUCGACACUCGUCUGCUACGUGCAAUGGUUACAAAGGGUCUAAUAGAGCCAAUUUCAAGUGUUUUUAUCAAUCUGGUUAACUCUGACUUCAUAGCCAAACAGAGAGGACUAAAGAUAACAGAGGAAAUAAUCUUGUUAGACGGCUCACCAGAGAAUCCAUUGGAGUUCAUUCAGGUUCAAAUUGCCAAUGUCGAAUCGAGAUUCGCCAGUGCCAUUUCGGAUUCAGGCGAGAUUAAAGUUGAGGGAAGAGUUAAAGAUGGAAAACCUCAUUUGACCAAAGUGGGGUCGUUUGAUGUUGAUGUGAGCCUUGAAGGAAGCAUAAUAUUAUGCAGGCAAGUUGAUCAGCCAGGUUUGAUUGGGAAAGUUGGGAGUAUCCUGGGAGAAGAGAAUGUAAACGUGAGUUUCAUGACUGUUGGGAGGAUUGCUCCUCGGAAACAAGCUGUCAUGACCAUUGGUGUUGAUGAUGAACCCAGCAGGGAAGCACUCAAGAAAAUUGGAGACAUAUCGUCCAUUGAAGAGUUUGUUUUCCUCAAGUUGUAAGGAAGUUAAUUUACUCAUCACUAUUGUCAAAAUCUGUUUUAUAAUAAAUUCUUGAGAAAUUCGUUUGGUAGAUAGUUUUUGGCACGAUAGUUUUGUUUCAUAAUGCAAUAUCCAUUUUGUGAUCAUAUUGCAUAGCUCCUUAUCAGUAUGUGUUUGAAGUGUUAACAGUAAGAACUGCAUAUUUCUCUAGUCAGUGUGUACACCCCCUUAAAUCUCUUUUAUCAAUCCCUCCACUUUGA